AUGGAGAGGUUGGGAUCCGAGGCGGCAUUGGCGGGGAUGGAGACAAGCAUGAAGGAGGAUCUGUCCAUGGAGAUCGAUCCGCCGUUCAAAGAGAAUCUCGCCACCGCCGAGGACUGGCGUAGGGCACUCAACAAGGUGGUUCCGGCCGUCGUCGUCCUCCGGACCACUGCCUGCCGUGCCUUUGACACGGAGUCCGCCGGUGCUUCCUAUGCCACUGGCUUUGUUGUUGACAAAAGCCGUGGAAUAAUCCUCACCAAUCGCCAUGUCGUGAAGCCCGGGCCGGUGGUGGCAGAAGCUAUGUUUGUGAAUCGAGAAGAAGUUACCGUGUAUCCAAUUUAUAGGGACCCGGUUCACGAUUUUGGUUUCUUUCGUUACGACCCUUCUGCAAUACAAUUUCUUAGCUAUGAGGAGAUUCCUCUUGCUCCUGAGGCUGCUUGUGUGGGCCUUGAGAUUAGAGUGGUUGGGAAUGAUAGUGGAGAAAAGGUCUCAAUUUUGGCAGGCACACUUGCUCGUUUGGACAGGGAUGCUCCACACUACAAAAAGGAUGGAUACAAUGACUUCAACACAUUCUACAUGCAGGCAGCUUCUGGAACAAAAGGAGGUUCCAGUGGCUCCCCUGUAAUUGACUGGCAAGGUAGAGCAGUUGCCUUGAAUGCUGGGAGCAAGACAUCUAGUGCUUCGGCGUUUUUCUUACCUUUAGAACGAGUUGUGAGGGCCCUAAGUUACUUGCAGAAAGGUAGAGAUUCCACCACUAAAUUAUGGGAGGCAGUCGCCAUUCCCCGUGGUACGCUUCAGGCUACCUUUCUCCACAAGGGAUUUGAUGAGACACGUCGGCUUGGCCUCAGAAGUGAAACUGAAGAGUUAGUCCGCCAUGCUUCUCCCCUUGGAGAAACUGGAAUGCUCGUUAUUGAUUCAGUGGUUCCAGGUGGCCCAGCACAUAAGCACUUGGAGCCAGGUGACGUCCUUAUUCGUUUGAAUGGAGAGGUCACUACCCAGUUUCUGCAGAUGGAGAGUUUGCUUGAUGACAGUGUCAGCCAUAAUGUUGAACUUCAGAUUGAAAGGGGCGGGAAACCUUUGACUGUUGAUUUAACGGUUCAGGAUUUGCAUUCUAUCACUCCUGAUUACUUCCUUGAAGUGAGUGGUGCUGUGAUACACCCUCUUUCUUAUCAACAGGCUAGGAACUUUCGUUUCCAAUGCGGUCUUGUGUAUGUUGCGGAACCAGGCUACAUGCUAUUUAGAGCUGGGGUUCCGCGCCAUGCAAUCAUUAAGAAGUUUUCUGGUGAAGACAUAUCUAGAAUUGAAGACUUCAUUUCUGAGCUAUCUAAGUUAUCCAGGGGUGCAAGAGUGCCCUUAGAGUAUAUAAGUCACACUGAUCGUCAUCGCAGAAAGUCUGUCCUGGUCACUGUCGAUCGCCAUGAAUGGUAUGCCCCUCCUCAGAUUUACACUCGUGAUGACAGCUCUGGACUAUGGACAGUUAAGCCAGUUCUGCCACUGGACUCUCCACUCUUAUACCCAUUGCUUGAUAACAUCAAAGAAGACCUGGCGAGCAAUGGUGUUUUAUCCUGUGCUGCCGAGGUCACCCCUAUGGAACAAGCACAUAGUUGUGCUGAGCAAGAGCCUGUUGAUGGUGUGACAAGCAUGGAAACUAGCUGUGGACAAAUUGAAGAUGACUCGCUUUCUCUAGAUGAAUCUGAUGCUGGAACCAAAAAGAGGCGGGUGGCAGGAAAUUUGUCUGCUGAUGGUAAUUUAUCACCCGACUGUUCCUUACAUGAACCCAGGGAGGAAAGACUAGAGGAUAGUAAUGGGACAGAACCUGAGACUGCGUUGAGGGAAAAUCAAGGCUCAGCCGCAGCAUCUAAUGCUUCAGUGGCCGAGCGAGUGAUUGAGCCUACACUCGUGAUGUUAGAGGUUCAUGUGCCGUCCUCUUGUAUGCUUGAUGGUGUGCACUCUCAGCAUUUCUUUGGCACUGGUGUCAUUAUAUAUCACUCUAAAACCAUGGGACUUGUUGCUGUUGAUAAGAAUACUGUAGCAGUGUCCGUCUCUGAUGUGAUGCUGUCUUUCGCUGCUUAUCCAAUUGAAAUUCCCGGCGAGGUUGUUUUUCUCCAUCCUGUUCACAAUUUUGCACUUGUUGCUUAUGAUCCUUCUGCUCUUGGUGCCGGUGCCUCUGUAGUGAGAGCUGCAGAGCUUCUUCCAGAACCUGCACUACGUCGUGGAGAUCCUGUGUGCCUUGUGGGAUUGAGUAGGAGUCUACAGGCGACUUCUAGGAAAUCCUUUGUCACCAAUCCUUCUGCUGCCCUAAAUAUUGGCUCGGCUGACUGUCCAAGAUACAGAGCAACAAAUAUGGAAGUUAUUGAGCUUGAUACUGAUUUUGGCAGCACUUUUUCUGGUGUUCUUACGAAUGACUUUGGAAGGGUUCAAGCUAUUUGGGGAAGCUUCUCAACGCAGCUCAAAUAUAGUUGUAGUUCGUCUGAAGACCAUCAGUUUGUUCGGGGUAUUCCGAUUUACACAAUUAGUCAGAUCCUUGCAAAAAUCACAUCUGGAGUGGAUGGUCCCGCCCUUCUUAUUAAUGGAAUAAAAAGACCUAUGCCACUUGUAAGAAUACUGGAGAUCGAACUGUAUCCCACUUUACUUUCAAAAGCACGUAGUUUUGGCCUGAGCGACUCAUGGAUCCAGGCACUAGUAAAAAAGGAUCCUAUUCGGCGUCAAGUUCUAAGAGUUAAAGGCUGUCUAGCAGGAUCCAAAGCCGAAAAUUUGGUUGAACAAGGUGACAUGGUGUUAGCAAUCAACAAAGAACCCGUAACAUGUUUUCGCGACAUUGAAUAUGCUUGCCAAGAGGUAGACAGAUGUAAUGAUUGCGAUGUGAAGCUCACAGUGACAAUUUUCCGACAGGGUCGUGAAACUGAUCUAGUGGUAGGAACAGACGUAAGGGAUGGGAACGGGACCACGCGAGUCAUAAAUUGGUGUGGGUGUAUAGUCCAGGAUCCUCAUCCGGCCGUCAGAGCUCUUGGGUUCUUGCCUGAAGAAGGGCAUGGCGUAUACGUGGCAAGGUGGUGUCACGGAAGUCCAGUACACAGAUACGGUUUAUAUGCUCUACAAUGGAUUGUUGAAGUAAAUGGAAAGCCCACCCCAGAUUUGGAUGCUUUUGUCUCGGUCACAAAGGGAAUAGAGCAUGGGGAGUUUGUUCGCGUUAGGACAGUUCACUUGAACGGGAAGCCUCGCGUGCUUACACUGAAGCAGGACUUGCACUACUGGCCCACAUGGGAGCUGAGGUUUGACCCGGAAGCUGCAAUGUGGCGACGGAGGACAAUAAAAUCACUUGAUUCGCGGUCUCCGAGGGCCUUUCACCAGCUUUCCAUUCCCGCAUCUUUGUCCGCUCAACACGCUAACCAGCAUACUGCCUGCGCCCCUGGGCAGUUGUCGACAGCCUGCACGCGGUUGUUCGAGGCUGUUUGGAGGUGA